AUGAAGUUAGCCAAAACUAGACGCAAGGGCUCUGGGAAGCGAGCUUUUGGCUCUGCCAACAAUGAAUCAGACAAUUCAGAUCGAGAAGAGGGUCUGGAACAGUACAUGAAGCAAAAAUCGGCGAAAAUAGCUGAAAACCUUCCCAAGACAGCUGUGGUUCCCGAACUUCAAGAUGAUCCUAAGGAACUGGAAAAACCCGGACAAACACCACAGAAAUCCAAGCUGAUUAGCAGGUUUAAGGCUGCAAAACAGCAGCGAGAUCUCGAUAAACUUCAGAACGAGGCCCUGAAGGCAGAUCUGGAAGGUCAAAAUUUUGAAAGUUAUGUAACGGAAGGCUACAAAGAGAAGAAAGAAGCCCUGAACCAAGCGUCCAAGGAAGCAGAAAGGGAAGAAAAACAGGAGGAAGAAGAGUUUCGAAUUGAGUUUCCAGCCUCGGCUUCACGUAUGAACGCUCUGCUGAUCAACGCCGAGGAAAAAAGUCCGGAAAAGAGUAUCGAGGGAGACUCGAACUCAGGACGAAAUUUCGUGGAUUCUCAAAAGGGUCGCUCAGGACAGUGCCGGAACGACAUUUACGUGGGAAACACCAAGAAUAGACGUGAAAUAGACACAACAGACAUCCGUGGUUCUUCAUCCUCAAUUUCUACUGACAUUUCGCCUGGGUUGAGCGGUGAAUUAGUUAUUGCAGAAUACUUGGCCUCUAAAAAAACAACGGAGGAAUUAGCACAUCAACGACAACUGUAUCUAGCUAGAAAGUCCAUGGAAAGUUGA